CCCCUCCCCGCCGUUCCCCCCUCCCCGCUCUCCCCUCUCCGCCCGUUCCGCCCCUCACCGUUCCCCUCUCCCCCCUCCACGCUGUAUUAUUGUGUUUUUUUUCCCGUUUUCGCCCGUUUUUUUUUCCCCCAUUUCUCCCCCACACCAUGUCCGAGUCCCUGGGCUGGUGCGUGGAGGCCGUGCGGGCCGCGGCCGAGCCGUCGCUGUCGCGGGCGCUGCUGGCGCUGCGCGUCCGGCACACGCGGCGGGCCGGGGGCCCCGCGCGGUUCCGGGAGCGAGGGGGGCUCGGGCCGCUGCUGGAGCUCGUGGGGCCCGAGCGGCCCCGGAGGGUGCUGGAGCUGGCGCUGAGCGUGCUCGGGAACUGCUGCACCGAGCCCGGCUGCCGGCGGCAGGCCAGGAGCCUCGGAGGGGUGCCGCGGCUGGUGUCCGUGCUGGCGCUGCCCGCUGCCCCCGAGAGCGUCCGGAACCGCGCCGCUCGCACUUUGGCCAACCUGGCCCUGGAGCCGGACGGAGCCCGCGACGUGCUGGAGGCCGGUGCCGCGCCCCUGCUGAUCUCGCUGACCUCCACCUGCGGCACCCCCGGCUGCCUGGCCAGCGCCGCCCGCGCCCUCCGCAUCCUGGGCACCCCCCAAAACCCCCCGAACCGCCCCAAAACCGCCCCCCGGGACCCCCCGCUGCCCGCCCCCUGCCGCGUCCGAGCGGCCGCGGCGCUGGCCGGACGCUUGACCGCGCUGGCCCCCUCGGACCCGUCGUGUCCGGCGCUGGCGCGAGCGCUGCGGGGGCUGCUGGCCGCCCCGUGUCCGGCGGCCGUGGCCGAAGCGGUGACCCCGGCGCUGGCCGCUCUGGCCGCUCUGGCCGCUCGGCCGGCGCUGGACGCCCGCGGCUCGGCGCUGGCCGUGCUGGCGGCGGUCAGCGGCCGGGGCUGGCUGCGGCCGGCGCUGGGAGCGGCCGGAGCCGUGGAGGCCGCGGUGGCCGCGGUCAGGAGGGGGCUGCGGGGGGAGGGGCUUAAAUUGGGUGGGGGUCCCGACUUUGGGGGUGAGCCUGAAUUUGGGGGCGAGGGUCCUGAAUUUGGGGGUGAGGGUCCUGAAUUUGGGGCUGAUCCUGAAUUGGGUGGGGGUCCCGACUUUGGGGGUGAGCCUGAAUUUGGGGGUGAGGGUCCUGAAUUUGGGGCUGAUCCUGAAUUGGGUGGGGGUCCCAAAUUUGGGGGUGAUCCUGAAUUUGGGGGUGAGGGUCCUGAAUUUGGGGGUGAUCCUGAAUUGGGUGAGGGUUCUAAAUUUGGGGGUGGUCCUGAAUUUGGGGGUGAUCCUGAAUUUGGGGGUGAGGGUCCUCAAUUUGGGAGUGAUCCUAAAUUGGGUGGGGGUUCUAAAUUUGGGGGUGAGGGUCCUAAAUUGGGUGGGGGUGCCAAAUCUGAGGGUGGUCCCAAAUUGGGUGGGGGUCCCAAAUUGGGUGAGGGGUCUCAAAUUAAGGGUGGGGGUCCCCAAGUCAAUUGUGGGGGUCCCAAAUUGGGUGGGGGUCGCCCCCAACUCCCGCAGUUUGGUCCCCAAAUGAACGGGGGUCCCCAUUUGAAUGGGGGGCCCAAAUUUGGGUCUGGGGGUUCCCAGUUUGAGUCUGGGGGUCCCAAAUUAGGUGAGAAUCCCAAAUUUAAGGGUGGGGAUCCCAAAUCUGAGCCCAAGCAUCCCAAAUUUGGGUCUGGGGGUUCCCAGUUCUCCUCUCGGGCUGGGUCCAAGGGUCCCCAAUUGGGUGAGGGUCCCCAGUCAGGUGCCAAUCCCAAAUUUGGGUCUGGGGGUCCCAAAUCUGGGUCCAGGAGUCCCGAAUUCGGGUCUGGGGGUUCUGAAUUAGGUCCCAACCCCAAAUUUGGGGGUCCCAACCCUAAAUUCAGCUCCAGGGGUGCCCAAUUUGAGUCUGGGGGUCCCAAAUUAGGUGAAAAUGCCAAAUUUGAGUCUGGGGGUCCCCAACUUAAAUCUCGGGGUCCCAAAAUCCCAUCCAAGACCCCCAAAAUCGCCUCUGGGGCUCCCCGAAUUGAGUCUGGGGGUGCCCAAUUUCAGCCCGGGGGUGCCCGAAUUGAGUCUGGGGGUGCCCAAUUUCAGUCCAAGGGUGCCCGAAUUGAGUCUGGGGGUCCCAAAACCCCCUCCAAGCCCCCCAAAUCCGAGUCUGGGCCUCCCCGAAUUGGGUCUGGGGGUGCCCAGUUUCAGCCCGGGGGUGCCCGAAUUGAGUCUGGGGGUCCCAAAACCCCCUCCAAGCCCCCCAAAUCCGAGUCUGGGACUCCCCGAAUUGGGUCUGGGGGUGCCAAAUCCCCCUCCGGGACCCCACAGCUUCCCGGGGGUGCCCGAAUUGAGUCUGGGGGUGCCCAGUUUCAGCCCGGGACUCCCCGAAUUGAGUCUGGUGGUGCCCAAUUUCAGUCGGGGGCUCCCAAAAUCCCCUCCAAGCCCCCCAAAUCCGAGUCUGGGCCUCCCCGAAUUGAGUCUGGGGGUGCCCAAUUUCAGUCGGGGGCUCCCAAAACCCCCUCCAAGCCCCCCAAAUCCGAGUCUGGGACUCCCAGAAUUGGGUCUGGGGGUGCCCAAUUUCAGUCGGGGGCUCCCAAAAUCCCCUCCCAGACCCCCAAAUCCGAGUCUGGGUGUGCCCAAUUUGAGUCGGGGGGUCCCAAAUCCCCCUCCGGGACCCCGCAGCUCCCCGGGGGUGCCCGAAUUGAGUCUGGGGGUGCCCAAUUUCAGCCGGAGGGUGCCCAAUUUGAGUCUGGGGGUCCCGAAACCCCUUCCGGGACCCCCCAGUUCUCCUCCGGGGGUGCCCGAAUUGAGUCUGGGGGUGCCCAAUUUCAGUCGGGGGCUCCCAAAACUCCCUCCAAACCCCCCAAAUCCGAGUCUGGGACUCCCCGAAUUGAGUCUGGGGGUGCCCUGUUUCAGCCCGGGGUUGCCCGAAUUGAGUCUGGGGGUGCCCAGUUUCAGCCCGGGACUCCCCGAAUUGGGUCUGGGGGUGCCAAAUCCCCCUCCGGGACCCCGCAGCUCCCCGGGGGUGCCCGAAUUGAGUCUGGGGGUGCCCAAUUUGAGUCGGGGGUCCGCGCGCUGUGCCUGCUGUGCCGCGAGGCCGUGAACCGGGCGCGGGUGCGGCGCUCGGGCGGGCUGGGCGCGCUGCUGGCCGUGCUGCGGGAGCCGCGGGCGCGGCGCUGGCACCGCCCGGUGCUGCUCGCCCUGGCCGCCUUCGCCUGGGACCCGCCGGCCCUGCGAGCCCUGGACGGCGCCGGGCUGGUCCCGCUGCUCGCCCGGGGGCUACCGAGAGCCCCCCGGGCCGGCCGGGACGAGCAGCACCAGGAGGAGGAGGAGGAGGAGGAGGAGGAGAGGGAGGAAGAGGAGGCGGCCUCGGCGGAUCUGCCUCGGGAUUUGGGGCUGGGGACGCCCGGGGAGGCGGCGGCGGGGAGCUGGAGGGGGCUGAGGUCCUGGCUCUCCACCACCUCCCCCACCACCCCUCCCCCCUCCCCUCCCCCACCCUCCCCUUCCCCUCCCCCGCCAAAAAAAAAACCCCGCCCGCCCCUCCCCCCCCACCCUGGAGACCCUCGCCCUCCCCAAAAUCCCCCCGACCCUUUUGGGGGACCCCAAACUCCCCGAGACCCCCGCCCUGCUCCUGCUGGAGCGCCUGGCCGAGCCCCCCUCCCCCUCCCCCUCCCUCCCCUCCCCCACCCUGGUCUCGGCCAUUUUGGGGUACCUGGCGGGGGUCCCCCGCCCCUCCCCCCGCGCCCCCCGCCUGCUGCAGCUUUUGGUGGAAAAUCCCCAAUUUUUGGGGCUCCUCUCCGGGGUUUCGUCCCUUCCCUCAUCCACUCCUGGCUCGUCUUGGGGGUCCCGCCCCACAAGUGGGCCAGGGAGGUGGGGGAGGGGAGGGACCCCCACCCCAAAAAUCCCCACCCGGGACCCCCCCAGGAGAGGAGGGAGAGGCUCAGGGAGCUGGGCGAGGCCCUGCUGCGGAGUUUGGGGGCGACGGCGGCGUCGCCGUUUGGGGUGGGGGUCCUGACCCACAGCCUGAGGUGUGGGAGCCCCCCCGCCCGCCUGGCCUGCGCCACCGCCCUGGCCCUGCUGGCCAGGCCGGGCUCGCCGCUGUGGCCGCUGCUCUGGGGUGGGGGAGGGGCGCUGCCGCUGCUCCUCGGCGCCGCCGCCCGCGGGGGGGGAGGGGCCGCCCCUCCCCCCUUCGCUCUCUACGCCGCCGCUGCCAUCGGGCAGGUGAGGGAGCACCUGGGACAGGUGAACGGCCACGGGGACAGCGGUGACACCGACGGGGACCUGGGGGACACCUGGGGACACCUGGACACACCUGGGGACAUCCAGGACACACCUGGGGACAUCCAGGACACCUUUGGGGACAUCGAGAAUGGAGCUGGGGACAUCCAGGACACAUCUGGACACACCUGGGACCACCUGGACACACCUGGGGACAUCCAGGACACACCUGGGGACAUCGAGAACACCUUUGGGGACAUCAGAAAUGGACCUGGGGACAUCCAGGAUGCACCUGGGGACACCUGGGACCACCUGGACACAGCUGGGGACACCUGGGACACACCUGGGGACAUCGAGGACACCUUUGGGGACAUCAGAAAUGGACCGGGGGACACCUGGGACACACCCGGGGACACCUGGGACACACCUGGGGACAUUGAGGACACCUCUGGGGACACCUCUGGGGCGCUCUCACCUGGCCCCAGGUGGCCCCAGAUGGCCCCACCCCCCUGCAAACGUCCCCGAAUGUCCCCAAACCCCCCAAAAAUGUCCCCAAAUCCCCCAAAAAUGUCCCCAAACCCCCCCAAUUCCUGUCCCCAAAUGUCCCCACCCCCCUCCAAACGUCCCCGAAUGUCCCCAAACCCCCCCGAAAUGUCCCCAAACCCCCCCCAAAUGUCCCCAAAUCCUGUCCAGGUGUCCCCAAACCCCCCCAAAAUGUCCCUGAACCCCCCCCAAAUGUCCCCAAAUCCCCUCCAAACGUCCCCAAGCCCCCCCCAAACGUCCCCAAAUCCUCCCCAAAUGUCCCCAAAUCCCCCUCAGGUGUCCCCAAAUCCUCCCCAAACGUCCCCAAAUCCUCCCCAAACGUCCCCAAACCCCCUCCAAACGUCCCCAAAUCCCCCCCAAACGUCCCCAAAUCCCCCCCAAACGUCCCCAAGCCCCCCCCAAACGUCCCCAAGCCCCCCCCAGGUGUCCCCCGCGCCCCCCGGGUGUCCCCGGCUGUCGCCCUGCCCGUGUCCCUGUCCCUACUCGCGCUCCCCCCGGGACGUGUCCCUGGUCCCGGACGUGCCGCCGGGGCUCCCCGCGUCGCGCGCGGCGCUCGCCCGAUCCUCGCCGGUGCUCGCCACGCUGCUGGGCGGGCCCUUCCUGGAGGGCCACCAGGCGCGGGUGACCAUCCGCCGCUGUCCCCGCGCCGCGCUGCUGCUCCUGCUGCACUUCCUGCACGGCUGCCGCCCCCCGCGCUGUCCCCAAAUGUCGCCUCCCCCUCCGGUGGCCACGGCGGGGGCGGCGCUGGCCCUGGCCCGCCGCUUCUUGGUGGCCACCUUCGAGGAUUGGGUGGCCGGGGCCGUGCGGGGCGGCCCCGCGGAGCUGUGGGGCUUGGCGGAGCUCUGGGGCUGCGCCCCGCUGGCCACCAGGGUGGCGAGUGACGUGCUGGGCGCGGGGGUGGCCCCCGAGGUGGCCGCGGCCUUGCUGCAGGUGGCCCAGGUGGCCAAAGAGCCCUCGGUGCUGGCCCGGGCGCUGCUGGGCGUGCUGAGCCCCUCCCCCACCGCGCUGCGCCUGGGGGGAGGGGCGGUGUGGGACCCCCUGCUGGGGGGGGGAGGGGAGCCCUGGGGACACCCCGGGGACAGCGAGGAGGAGGAGGAGGGCGGUGACGUCACGGAGAGGGAGGGUGACGUCAUGGAGGGGCAGGGGGAGGGCGCGGAGGGGGAGGGGUGGCGGUGAAAGCGAUUUUGGGGAGGCCAAAAGUGACCCCGGGGACCCCAAAAAUGACCCCGGGGACACCAAAAAUUACCCCGGGGACCCCAAAAAUGACCUUGGGGACACCAAAAUGACCCCGGGGACCCCAAAAGUGACCUUGGGGACACCAAAAGUGACCCCGGGGACCUCAAAAGUUACCCCGGGGACCCCAAAAAUGACCCCGGGGACACGAAAAUGAGCUUGGGGACACCAAAAGGAGCUUGGGGACCCCAAAAAUGAGCUUGGGGACAAUUUUGGGGACCCUAAAAGAACCCUGGGGACCCCAAAAGUGACCCCGGGGACACCAAAAAUGACCUUGGGGACACCAAAAUAACCCCGGGGACCCCAAAAAUGACCUUGGGGACACCAAAAGUGACCUUGGGGACACCAAAAUGACCCCGGGGACACCAAAAUGACCUUGAGGAUACCAAAAAUAAGCUUGGGGACAAUUUUUGGGGACCCUGAAAGAACCCUGGGGACCCCAAAAGUGACCUUGGGGACCCCAAAAGUGACCCCGGGAACACCAAAAGGAGCUUGGGGACAAUUUUGGGACCUUGGGGACACUUUUGGGGUCACCUAGGAGGAUUUGGGGACCCCAAAAAGGACCAUGCAAACCCCAAAAAGGACCUUGGGGACACCUAAAGGACAUUGGGGACAAUUUUGGGACCUUGGGGACCCCAAAAAUGAUCUUGAAGACCCCAAAAAGAAGCCUGGGGACCCCCAAAAUGACCUUGGGGACACCUGGGAGGAUUUGCGGAUCCUAAAAAGGAGCUUGGGGACCCCAAAAAGGACCCUGGGGACAAUUUUGGGACCUUGGGGACACUUUUGGGGUCACCUGGGAGGAUUUGGGGACCCCAAAAAUGACCUUGAAGACCCCAAGAAGGAUCUUGGGGACACCAAAAAGAACCUUGGGGACAAUUUUGGGGACCCCAAAAUGACCCUGGGGGCACAAAAAAUUACUUUGGGGACAAUUUUGGGACCUUGGGGACACCCCAGGUGACGAUGACGUCAUGGGGCAUCCCCCCCUUCAGGAUUUGGGGACCUCGCUGGAAUUUUCGGGACCUUCUGGAAUUUUGGGGGGGAAUUUUUGGGGCGAUUUCGGGCGGUUUUGGAGCGAAUAAAAAAGGGUGAAAGCGC